GUUAACUUUGAAAAAUAAAUAAAAGGAUACUUUUGAGUGUAUAUUUUACAUAUUUAAGUUUAUAUAUUUAAAUUUAAUAAGCUAAUAAGCUUAAGGCUUGCAUUUUUUCUUAAUAGGAUCUCUAAAAAAGAUUUUAUUAUGAAUAUGCAUAAUAUGCCAAAUCAGGGAGGAAUGAUGAUUGGUAGUGGAAUGCAAGUACCUGGAGGUAUGCAAGGUCCUGGUGGAAUGCAAGGUCCUAGUGGAAUGCAAGGCCCAGGAGGCAUGCAAGGCCCUGGAGGAAUGCAAGGACCUGGUGGAAUGCAAGGACCAGGAGGAAUGCAAGGGCCUGGUGGAAUGCAAGGACCUGGUGGAAUGCAAGGGCCUGGUGGAAUGCAAGGGCCCGGUGGAUUACAAGGUCCUGGUGGAAUGCAAGGUCCUGGAGCAAUGCAAGGUCCAGGGACUAUGCAAGGUCCGGGGGCAAUGCAAGGUCCUGGCACAAUGCAAGGUCCCGGUGCAAUGCAAGGUGGAGGUGUUAUGCAGGUAUCUAGUAACAUGCAGGGAACAUCUGUUAUGCAAGGAGCAGGUGGAAUGCAAGGUCCUGGUGGAAUUCAAGGAGUUGGAAAUAGUAUGCAAGGACCGGGUGGAAUGCAAGGAAAUGUUCAGGUUAAUGUGCCAACAUCUGGUAUACAAGGUCCCGGUGGCAUGCAAGGUCCCAGUGGAAUGCAAACAUCUGCAGGAAUGCAAGGUCCGAGCGGAAUCCAGGCUCCUGGUGUAAUGCAACCGCAAGGGGGCAUGCAAGGUCAAAGUGGUAUUCAAGGGCCCGGAAUUUCAAUUCAGACAUCUGCAGCGAUGCAAGGUCAAAGUGGAAUGCAAGGGCAAGGUUCCAUACAGGGUCCGGGCGGGAUUCAGAGUCCGGCUUCAAUGCAGGGACCUGGAGGAAUUCAAGGUCCAAGUCCGAUUACAAGUACCAGUGGAAAUAUGCCAAAUACCGGUGGAAGUAACAUGCAAGGACCUUCUCCAAUGCAAACAGGUAUCUCUGGCUCUUCUGUAAUGAAUGCUCCAACAAUGAGUGCCGGAAUGCAGGUAGGUGUUUCACCUCAAAUGAUGCAACAAAAUUCACCGCAGCAACCGCCACAAAAUAUGCCAUCACAACAAAUGCAACAACAAUUAUCCCAACAACAAAGACCACAACAACCGUCCAACGAUCAUUUGGAUAAUAUUUCAAAGAUCAAAAGUUUUGUUGGACCAUUGCGUGAACAUUUGGCAGCUACUUUUAAAUCAGCUGCAGUUCUACUGCAUCAAAAUAAUAUGUCUGAUAAUUUAAAAAAGGAUACAUCAAACCCCAAUGUACGCUUUGACAAAAAUUUAGAAGAAUUCUAUUCUACAUGUGAUCAAAUAGAACUACAUUUGAAAACUGCUAUUAACUGUAUUCAACAACUAUCAUCAUCAAGCCAUUAUUUACCUGGAUCAGUUUUAACAAUGCGAAAUGAACCUUUUAAUCAACCAGAGAAUCAACCAGCACCAAUGUCAUAUCCACAGUAUCUGUCGACAGUUAGAGCUCACAUUUCAUCAGCCAAAGAUAUACAUGAUACUUUAAUAAGUGCAGCUCAAAAUAUAUCUCAGAGCGAUUGAUAAGAAGUUUGUUAAUUUUGUUAAAUUUUUCAAUUCUUAUUUCUGCAUCAAACAAAACGGAUAAUAUUAGUUGAAAUUGGUGAAUUUUUGAAGAUAAAAUUUAUACCUAGUGUCUCAUAAUCUAAAAUUUAAAACAAUAUAGCAAAAACAACAUAGGUAAUCAAAAACAAAAGGACUGACUAAUUAUUUUAUUUUUAGUUGUAUUUUUUAUAAAAUACAUUGUUUAUGAAAUAUUGAAAUAAGACUAAUGUAUGUAUAAAUAAAAGUGAAUAUAACAGUUUUAUAGGAAUAUUUGAUAAGAUGUUAUUUGAUUCUGGAAUAUACAAAGUGUGUGUUUAACUUUAAAAUUUCUUUAACUCAUUCAUUUGGUAAUGGUUUACCAACUCUUUCUUUGAACGACGGAUAUUGAAUGCCAAUCUGUUUUUAAGUUAGAAAGCUAAAAUAAUUGGAAGAGAUAUUAAGGAACUACUUGAGUAUGAAGCAAAUCAAAAGCUAAAAUAUUCAGUUUCGGCAAAUUUUCAAGUAUGCUUAAACA